AUGCUUUCAUGGAGGAAGCUCUGUUGGCGUUAUCAUGUGUGGACCUUGGGCUGCUACAUGCUGCUGGCUGUCAUUGCCCUGAAACUGUCCCUCAGACUGAGAUGUGACUUCGAUGUCAUGGAUCUGGACUCAAAGGAAUUUCGAAGUCAGUACUGCAGGGAUUUCCUAUACAAGACCCUGAAGCUGCCAGCAAACAGGUCCAUCAACUGUUCUGGGGUCACUCGAGGGGAACAGAAAGCAGUGAUCCAGGCGCUGCUGAAUAACCUGGAGAUUAAGAAGACGCGGGAGUCCUUCACAGAGGCCGACUACCUUAGCAUGACAGCAGACUGCGAGCAAUUCAAGACCAAAAGGAAGUUCAUACAGUUCCCGCUGAGCAAAGAAGAGGUCAAGUUCCCCAUUGCGUAUUCCAUGGUGGUUCAUGAGAAGAUUGAGAACUUUGAAAGGCUGCUGCGAGCUGUGUACACCCCUCAGAACAUAUACUGUGUCCAUGUGGAUCAGAAGUCCCCAGAUAAUUUCAAGCAGGCAGUCAGGGCCAUUGCAUCAUGCUUCCCAAAUGUCUUCAUAGCUAGUAAGCUGGUGUCAGUGGUCUAUGCUUCCUGGUCCAGGGUGCAGGCUGACCUGAACUGCAUGGAAGACUUGCUCCAGAGCUCUGUGCCAUGGAAAUACCUCCUGAACACCUGUGGGACAGACUUUCCCAUCAAGACCAAUGCUGAGAUGGUCCAGGCCCUCAAGCUAUUGAAUGGACAGAACAGUAUGGAGUCAGAGGUGCCCCCUGCACAUAAAAAGUCCCGUUGGAGAUAUCACUAUGAGGUGAGAGACACAUUGUACAUAACCAGCAAGCAGAAGACCCCUCCACCUAACAACAUAACCAUGUUCACGGGCAAUGCCUACAUGGUGGCCUCUCGAGACUUCAUUGAACAUGUAUUAAGCAACUCCAAAGCCCAACAACUCAUCGAAUGGGUAAAAGACACCUAUAGUCCUGAUGAGCACCUUUGGGCCACCCUCCAGCGUGCCUCAUGGAUGCCUGGAUCGGCUCCCUUGCACCCCAAAUUUGACCUCUCCGACAUGAGAUCUAUUGCAAGGCUAACCAAGUGGCAGGACCACGAGGGAGACAUCGAGCAUGGGGCGCCUUACUCCCCUUGCUCAGGAAUCCACCAGCGGGCCGUCUGUGUUUAUGGGUCUGGGGACCUGCACUGGAUCCUUCAGAACCAUCACCUCUUGGCCAACAAGUUUGACCCAAAGGUGGAUGAUAAUGUUCUUCAGUGUUUGGAAGAAUAUUUACGUCACAAAGCCAUCUACGGGACUGAACUGUGA